GUCCAGAACACGAAUGAUUUCAGCACCGUCAGUAAAGUGUCGGCGGCAGCGAUGGGCUAUUUUGCUGAUGAAUUCCAGAAAUAUUUUGUAAGCCGAACGAGCAGAAGAUCCCCGCUUAUCCACAGGGGGUACUGUGUUCGCUCGCAGGCCGUCGGUCAUUGUAUCAAGGAGUUUCUCCGAGACACCGAGGAUUGUACACACAGACAGGUGCUGUCUCUGGGAUGUGGAUUUGACUCCCUGUAUUUCCGGAUGUGCGGGAAUCUUGGGGUGGAGGGAAGCACAUGUUUCUGGGAAGUGGAUUUUCCAGCAGUGGUGAAGCGGAAACGUCAGGUGAUUGAAGGGACAGAGGACUUGAAGAAGAUGCUUGGUGAGAAGUCUGACUACAAUGGCUCUGCACCAGGAUAUUCCGUCCUUCUCUCGGAGGAUUACAAGCUCCUCGGUGUGGAUCUUGGUGAUAUUGCUGCCCUGGAUUCUGCAUUGGAUAGUGCUGGGUUGAGAUGGAAUUGUCCCACUCUUGUACUAGCAGAGGUAGUUCUGUGCUACAUGGAUCCCACCAGAUCAACAAACGUGAUUGGCUGGGCAGCAAGACGCUUUCCUCAUUCUCGCUUCGUCUUAUAUGAGCAGUUUUCACCAUGUGAUCCAUUUGGUCAGGUGAUGAUGAAUCACUUUGUGUCGCUAAACUCUGCACUGCGGUCAGUGACUGCGUAUCCGUUGCUGGAGGAUCAGGAACGCCGCUUCCUGCAAGAGGGCUGGGAGAAAUGUCAUGUUUUG